AUGUUGGAGGCACGGUUGGAACAAGCGUCGGUGUUGAAGAAGGUGGUGGAAGCCAUCAAGGACCUGGUGCAGGACUGCAACUUUGACUGCAACGACUCGGGCAUCGCGCUGCAGGCCAUGGACAACAGCCACGUGGCGCUGGUGUCAAUGCUGCUCAAGGCGGACGCCUUUGAGCCGUUCCGCUGUGACCGCAACGUGGCGCUGGGCGUGAACCUGACGUCGCUGACCAAGGUGCUGCGCGCGGCGCAGAACGAGGACAUACUGACGCUCAAGGCCGAGGACGCGCCCGACUCGCUCAACAUGAUGUUUGAGAGCCGCGACAGCGACCGGGUCAGCGAGUACGACCUCAAGCUCAUGGACAUUGACCAAGAGCACCUCGGCAUCCCCGAGACCGAGUAUGCGGCCACCAUCUCCAUGCCGAGCUCCGAGUUCCGCCGCAUCUGCACCGACCUCAUGGCCAUGUCCGAGUCCGUCACCAUCGAGGCCACCAAGGACGGCAUCCGCUUUGCCAGCAAUGGCGACAUUGGCAGCGGCUCCGUCACCCUGCGCAGCCACACCAAUGUCGAGAAGCCGAACGAGAACAUUGACAUUGAGCUGAGCGAGACCGUCGCCCUGACCUUCUCGCUCAAGUACCUCGUCAACUUCUGCAAGGCCUCCAGCCUGUCCACGUCCGUCAAGAUCUGCCUGUCCAACGAAGUGCCCCUGCUGGUCGAGUACAUCGUCUCGGGCAGCAGCUAUCUGCGCUUCUACCUGGCGCCCAAGAUUGGUGACGAUGAGUAA